AUGGUACUCUGCACUUCAUACAGUUUGAGUAUCUUCCAAGUACUGGUUGCACAUCUACAAUUACCUGAUACUUUUGUUUUUAAUUUGUCAGAUCGAUGUCCAUUGAAUUCUCUUUCAUUCAUCUUAACUGCCGAAUCCGUUUUUCUACGAACGCAGCGCCCAUUAGGUGCGGAUCUUACCAAAAUUCGCAGUCUAAAUAUUUCAGAGACCAACUUCCGUCGAUUCAUUCCCAUUUCUGAUUCAAAUACCUCUCCACGACACUUUGCAACUAUACCAUGUGUGUACAACGCAACACUGUUUACUUGGGAUGCGGUGACGCCACAUUCCGGAUCUAUGGCUGCAUUAGACAACUACAGCUACGAUUUAGUCCUCCAAAUUGCCCUCGGUUUCAGAUACAAGUGGUGGAAAUUCCUGGAGUUUGUUCUGGCUGUGGUGAUGGACGUCGUCGUCGUGCCCGUUGUAAAAGUCAGGAUUCUGCUUGAGGGACUGAAACUUUGGGCGAGAAUGGGAUUUUUGACAGAAAAUGCUGGAUGGGAGUUGAGAUAUUAG